AUGGCCGAUCCAUACGCUAUAAAUCUGGACUUCAUCAAAACUCCGUGUUCAGCCUGCGACGAUGCAACCACCGAAAGUAUGCGGAUGAUUAGAUGUGAAGGCUGUCAACAGUGGUUCCACGUCCGCUGCGUCAGGAUAUCAUCCAAUGCGGAGCAGAGUAAAAAGUGGUUCUGUGACGAAUGCCAGCGAGUCAAGACAAAAACAACCGUGAAUAGUGUUCCGAAAAGCGCAGAUGAGUCGAACCGAUCCAGCGUCAAAUCCGACGCUGCUCUCACUCUGGAGCAAAAGUUGAAAGCGAUGGAGGAAAGCAAAAGGCGAAUGGAGCAGGAGCUGGAAGCGGAAAUGAUUCUGAGGCGAAAAGAAAACGAGAUAAGGCGUUCAAUCGAAAAUAAACGAAUAAUGUUGGAGAGAAAGUUGAACGAAGAAGAAGAACAAAAAUGCGCGUUGUUGCAGAAAGAGAUAUUGCGGCAGCGGAGGAAACAAUUGGACAGAAUGAAAGAAAGCCAGCGGCUGUUUGUAGACGAAGAGGAAAUUUUGGAUAAGGAAUUCCGGAAGUUGAAAAAUUUCGGUAGGACUUCGAAGACCGUCAUUGAGAGCGACGACGUGUCGGAUGCUGAGUCGGAGAGUGAAGAAAGUGAGUACGAUGAUGAUGUUAAAAGUUUUCCGAGCCGCAACAGACGGGAGCGAGGGAAUCCGGUGAAACUAAGUCAAUACGGGCUGGGGCACUCACGGUCAGUACCAACUAGCGGCAAGAAGUGGGUUGAAUAA